CAAGAAGAAAGCACAACACUGAGGAUGUCAUCAGAGUGUAAAGGUAAGAGUUCAUGGCCCGAGCUUGUUGGGGUGAAGGGAGAGAUUGCGGCAGCAACAAUUGAGAAGGAGAAUCCUUUUGUUACUGCUACGAUUGUGCCGCCGGGUACAUCUGUCCUCCCAGUCAUUCUCUGCGAUAACGUGAACGUUUUUGUUGACGAGAAUGGCAUAGUUACUAGUACCCCUAUAAUUGGGUAGAUUGGAAGGAAAG